GCAGUGGCGGCAGCGGAGCAUCAGGCGGCAGCGAUGGUGGCGAAACCCAGCUGCUACGCUCUGGCUUCCGAAGGCGGCGAGCCGGUGGUGGCGACGAGGGACGGAGGGGAGGAGCUGCUCUUCGUCCCGCCCCUCAAUUUCGCCAUGGUGGACGCCGGCCUCUACCGCUCUGGGUUCCCGGAAACCGCCAACUUCGGCUUCUUGAGGACGCUGAGGCUUCGCUCCGUCUUGUGCCUUUGCCCGGAGCCGUACCCAGAGGCGAACUUGGACUUUCUUAGGGAGAAUGGCAUCGGACUUUUCCAGUUCGGGAUUGAGAAUCGCAAGGAACCUUUUGCCAACAUCCCAGAAGAUACAAUUCGCGAGGCCCUCAAAGUUGUCCUUGAUGUCCGAAAUCGUCCGCUGCUUAUUCAUUGCAAACGAGGAAAGCAUCGAACUGGUUGUGUUGUUGGAUGCCUAAGAAAACUCCAGCGCUGGUGUCUCACUUCAAUUUUUGACGAGUACCGGCGCUUUGCUGCUGCAAAAGCAAGAAUUUCUGAUCAAAGGUUCAUCGAACGAUUUGACGUGGCGAGCAUGAAGCGUCAGUCAGCAGCUUCGUUCUCAAACUAAGAGGACUGGCUUUACUUCGCCAGGAGAGACUUAUAGUUCCUCUUUGACGACAAGCGAGAAAUAAGCAUAUUUCAUAUGUUAUGGAGGACCUUUCUUGUAAUACGGGCAUGUGUAGGAUGACAGUAUAUGACCUGCUCUAAUUUGUCAUUUGGUUAUGAUGCUCAGAUCUUGGUUGAGGAGGCAUUUGUGCCGUCUUGUUCCGACUGCAAGCGAAUCAGUUUUUCGAGAUCGCUUGCUUCUCCGAUUACCUCCACGAGAGGGUGUACGUGUAAGUAUAUUUGCAACCUGUUGGCAUCUCCUUGUAAUUGGAUGAACAUAUCCAAGCAAAGUGUCUUUCAACCAAGUUUGUAGCUUAGUA